UAAUCAGUUUCUGACUUGGGAGAAAAAUAGGUGCCAAUAAUCGGUACUCCCAUACUCUGAGCAUGAUUAACAGUUUCUCCCCUUCUCUAGUAUGUAUUCCCUCAGCAGAUGCUGUGGACAGAGAUGCCUUGAUCAGGGACGGCAGGAAACUGAAAAGUAAACCUCAGAUACCCGAUUGACCAGCUUGGCCAACAAUUUGAGCAUCCGAACUCAGACUGGACAAUUACUGCAAAAAUCUGCCCCGCGCGAAUAGGGACAGAAUUUAUCGAGCUUCUUCGUGGCUGAUCCACAACUAUUCAGACUGGACAAUUACUGCAAAAAUCUGCCCCGCGCGAAUAGGGACAGAAUUUAUUGAGCUUCUUCGUGGCUGAUCCGCAACUAUUCGGGUGCUGAUAUUUUUUUUCUCCUUGUCUCGUGUCUUCCCCUUUUGCCCAAUAGUUUACUGCUAAGACGAACAGGAGAGAUGCUUGACCGAAGAAAUGGACUGCUCCUCGCUAUUUUCUUCUCUACUUCCAACAAUGAAGCCUCGUUCAACAGUGACAGUAGGAAACCUCAGGUUGACCAGUCAUUGCAGAAAACCUGCCGUGCUCUACAAGGACAAGGACAAAAUCUAUCAACUUUUUCAACAACCCAUUUCAUGGGUUAGAAUGCAGUGGUAGUGGCUUGGCUUUCAACUCGUACCAUUGUCUGUGCCACAUUUGAUGCUCAUCCUUGCGUUGACCGACUUUUUGAGUCUCCAGGUCCAGCUGGAGUUUCAAGAACCAAUCAUGCCAUAUAUAGUCAUGCACUGGUUCACCUGUCCAGAGGUGAGAAAAAUCAUCUGGAUUCUGGACAGCUUUCCGUGAGUUAAAUUCACAUUAGAUCAGAGGGGAUUAGGCAGCCUUUUCUUACCUUCAUUUGUGGAAAAAGCAUAUAUCUUCUAGUUUUUAUUUAUUUUGCUCCUCCUCUGAAAAGGACUAGUUUCUUGGAUCCUGAGUCACUUCUUGCUGCUCACUAAAACUUGGUGUACUGAAAGUAUGUUCAACUCAAAAUUUAAGAUCAGAAACCUUACUGGUUAAUUUAAUUUGUACACAAGUGGUUCCAAUAUGGGGGGAGAAUGAAUAAAAACGAGAAUCAGUUUGAGAGGAAUAAAUUACAUUCAUUUGCUGAUGUACUAUACUUGUUUAAAACUUGGUUUUCUAUUUUCCAUGCCAUCAAAACAAACGAUAGCUACUGUGCCUGAUUAAGAUAGAUCAGAGAUGAUGUGACCCUAAAGGGCCAAGUCCCCAUUAGCCCUUGGAUACUUGUGCAACAUAACUUUGCCGUGUCCGCUCCAACUUCAGUUUUGCACCGGUCAAGAAAAUGUCUGUCUGGUCUUUUUCAGUGCUCAGAGACUAUAAAACAGGAAGAGCGCAAUUAGUUUCUGAAGUAAAUCGAACCCUUCUUCUACUCCUGUGUUGGUACUACGUUCAUUCCCUGUACUUCCACAAUACAAGCAUCAAUUUGUGUCACGUUUCAGAAGGUACACACUCUUGCACUGCUAGACAUGAGUUCCUUUGAUGCCCUGCUUUCUCUUCUCCUACUUGCAAUUGCCUCUACCGGGUCCACAAUUGUGCAAGCUUCUGGCAUCGUAAGAAGCCAAGGGGGUGUUAGGACUCAAGCAUCCACGACCACACUUAAAGGUUGUCAGACAAGCUGUGGCAAUCUUAGCUUCGGUUACCCCUUCGGCAUGGGCUCGGGCUGCUUCCGGGAUCAUGAUUUCAACCUUAUGUGCAACGGCACCAAGCAGCUCCCCAGGCUCUUCCUUCUUGAUGGCACCACAGAGGUUGUUAACAAUAUUGAUGUUAUCGAUCAUGAGUCUUUCUAUAACUAUGUUAAGUAUUUCAGUGUUCGGUUCUCCCAUAUAAUUACCAUGAGACCUGGAGUCGAUAAUUAUAGCAUGUCCUGGAAAGCUCCUGGGAGAUCUUUUGGCCUUGAAUAUGCCCAACUAAACAUCACUGGUUGUGACUUGGACAUUUACAUGGUCAAUCAAUACAUUGAUUACACCAAGCCAUUAUGCAACAUGACUUGCCCCAACAAAGAAAUUACGGACAGCAUGGCUAGGAAUAAUUGCAAUGGUACAGGCUGUUGUUCUAUCUUUAUUGAGAUGUACACCCAUGAGUUUGAGUUAAAAUUUGUCCGACAUCCGAAAUCCAAGCUUGAGGCGUUCUCUGACAAGAGCUCACUGUGGGAUAAAAUAAAUAUAACCACUAAUGAAGCCAGAAUUUCAUGGAGCAUCAUGGAUCAGCCUAGCUGCGCCAGCGCAGCGGAGAAUAAGUCAAGCUAUGCUUGUAUCAGCAGGAACAGCAGGUGCGAUGACUCCUAUACGCGAAUGAAUUUUGGGUACCUAUGCUGGUGCAGUGCUGGGUAUGGUGGCAACCCUUACAUUCUCGAUGGCUGUUCACGUGACAAAGGUUAUAGUCCAGCACUGCAGGGAGUAAAUUGUUCACGUUUAUGUGGAAAUAUCAGCGUUCCAUUUCCAUUCGGUCUGGAAGAAGGUUGUUUCGGGAGGAAAGAAUUUUACCUCAACUGCACAAACAUGACGUCCUCUAUCCUCCUUUUCGAAAAAUAUUAUCAAGUAACAUCCAUUGAUGUCGAGAAUGGGACCAUCAAAUACAUCUUACCUUUUGAAGAGGCAGGAUCCAUUGAUGACUUUCUAACCGAUGAAGCUAGUCUUUUUGUUAACUCGGGGGAAUCUGUCUCCUUGCAAUGGGCUGUUGCUAAUCUAACCUGUCAGGAAGCACAGAGAAAUAACUCUGGAUAUGCAUGCGUGAGCAACCACAGCAUGUGUGUGAUAGUCAACUCUACCAACGGUUAUAUUGGGUACCGCUGCAUAUGCUCCCAUGGGUUUGUAGGGAAUCCAUACAUUCAAAAUGGCUGCACAGAUGUUAAUGAGUGCAUUGUCCACCCUAAUAUUUGUAACGGGACCUGUCAUAACAUCAUAGGAAGCUAUGAAUGUACUGAGUGCCCACGCAAAACAGAGUAUGAUCCAGUAAAAAUGAAGUGUACAUCAGUUAAACAACAAAGCCUCCUGUUAGGUGUUAUGAUUGGGCUUAGCAGCGGUUGUGGCAUUCUACUUAUCGGAAUAUGUGGAAUAAUUUUCAUCCGUCGAUGGAAAAGAGAUGUCCAGAAGAAACUACGAAAAAGAUAUUUUCAGAAAAAUAAAGGCCUUCUCUUGGAACAACUGUUAUCAUCUGAUGAAAAUGCAAGUGACAAAACAAAGAUUUUCACUUUGGAAGAGCUAGAAAAGGCAACAAACAAUUUUGAUCCUACACGAAUCCUUGGCCGUGGAGGGCAUGGCAUGGUGUACAAAGGCAUAUUAUCAGAUCAACGUGUUGUUGCAAUUAAAAGGUCUAAGGUGAUUGAGGACGAUGAGAUCAGCCAAUUCAUUAAUGAGGUUGCAAUUCUCUCUCAAAUAAAUCAUCGGAAUAUUGUAAAGCUCUUUGGGUGUUGUCUAGAAACUGAGGUUCCACUACUGGUGUAUGAUUUUGUUCCCAAUGGUUCAUUAUUUGGCAUUCUACAUUCUGGUUCAGAUAAUAGUUUCUCUCUGUCAUGGGAUGACAGCCUAAGAAUUGCUGCAGAAGCUGCAGGAGCUCUCUAUUAUCUCCACUCGGCAGCUUCAGUAUCAGUCUUCCAUCGUGACGUCAAGUCCUCCAAUAUACUGCUUGAUUCAAACUAUACUGCAAAAGUUUCAGACUUUGGUGCUUCUAGAUUGGUUCCUAUCAAUCAAACUCAUGUUGUUACAAAUGUCCAAGGCACGUUUGGGUAUUUAGAUCCAGAGUAUUACCAUACUGGGCAGCUAAAUGACAAGAGCGACGUAUAUAGUUUUGGUGUGGUACUUGUGGAACUACUUCUAAGAAGGGAACCUAUUUUUACAAAUGAGACAGGGUCAAAGCAAAACUUAUCAAAUUACUUUCUUUGGGAACUAAAAGCAAAGCCAGUAAAAGAGAUAGUAGCUACUCAAGUUUGCGAGGAAGCAACUGAGGAAGAGAUUAAAAGUGUUGCCUCUCUUGCGGAAAUGUGCUUAAGACUCAACAGUGGAGAGAGACCUACAAUGAAGCAAGUCGAGAUGCAUCUGCAGUUCUUGCGAACAAAAAGGUCAACCUCAUGCCAUGUUGUUCAAGAUAAUUCUGAAUCUGAAGAGAUGCAACCAUUGCUAUUUACAAGAGCUGAAUCUAGAUAUGAGACGUUUGAUAUUAGCUUUGGUCAAAGUUCUAGUUCACAGUCUCGCUACAGCGAAAGAUUUAAUAGCUCGGAGCACGACUUUGGAUCAUCUUUUGGGGUAUCACGGUAAGGUUCUCUUUGAGUAUCAGAAUUCCACAAGAACUUUAGAGGAAAAGGAGGCUUUAUGAGAGAGUGGAUGUCUCUUUUCCUACGAGAGCUAUCAAAAUACUGCAUUGCACUCAGGCAUGUGCUGGAUCAUCUUGUCGAGGCCCACCUUAACAUCCCCAAGAUGAUGACGAUGCUCUAGAAUUUCUUAUUUUCUGCACUAUGUAUGUAGUACUUGUUUCCCUUCAAAUUAGAAUUACUCUUAUCUAUUAUUUCUACUUGGAUUCCAUAUGUACAAAAGUUCAGAGAACAGAAGAAGCGCACUAUCUACUCCUUGACAGACUUUUCAGAUUCGGAAAUUAUCUGGUGCAACCAUAUAUCUUGGCAAAUGAACAAGUUGCAGGCAUCUAAACUGGCACUAGGUUCCUCUAGCCCGUGAAAUAUUGCCCAAGUGGGAUAGUACACAUGUUUAUUUGUUAGCAAUUCGUUAUUAGGCUAUUGGAGGCCAAUAAUCAGAGAGGACCGUACCUAUAUCCGAGCCACGAAGAGAAGGGAAGCCGCACGCCCAUGGGCCAUGGCCACACCAUACCCUACGGUUGCAACCCAUGAACAGCGGCGGCAAUGAGUAACCGGCCACCUUCAUGAAUAGCUAAUCUGAAAAUUUUGCCACCAGAUAAUGAUAAACCAAGAGAUUAAGUAAGUUGGAAGCAACUAUGCAUAUUCGAAGAUGACCUACCAACCAAAAUGGGGAACAACCCGCCUCGGCCACGCGGCGACCCAGAUACAGGAAUGAAAGUUCUUUCCAGCCAAAGAGAGAAGCGUACGAGGGACCGAGAGCCCUUGCACUGAAGAUGAAGGAAAAAUAGGCGAUAUCAUCCUUGAAGUUUUGCUCUCGGGUCUGUUAGAAGUUGAAUCAACCAGAGAUGUUUAAGUUAGAGAUAGAUUAGGAGAUAGAGUCCUGGACUUGCUCGUCAAGCUUUGUAACAACCUGUUGUAAUCUUGUAGACCUUUGGCCCUAUAUUAACAUGCAACCGUGAAGGCCAA